CUCUGUUUUUCCCUCUCUUUAUCUCUCUUCCUUUUCACAAAACCCCAAUCGCAGGAGAGCGAGAGAGAGAGAGAGAGAGAGAGAGAGAUGGCGAAUUCGAUGGCGAUGGCAUCUUCCUUCUCCAAAACCCUAGUUCCCACGAUGGGCGUGGGCCCGACCAAACAGUGCCAAUCAGCACCGUUGAUUUCAAUCCCCACCAAGAAGCCCCUCACCAUCCCCUCCGUGAAAUCAACUGCCGCGGCGAUCGCUACAGCGGCAGGCGGCUUCUUCCUUGCGGCGUCCCCGUCGCUGGCGGCCGAGAUCGAGAAAGCUGCUCUCUUCGACUUCAACCUCACCCUCCCGGUCAUCAUGGCCGAGUUCCUGCUGCUGAUGGUGACGCUCGACAAGAUCUACUACACGCCGCUCGGCAAGUUCAUGGACGAGAGGGAUGCUGCGAUCCGUGAGAAGCUGAACAGCGUUAAGGACACCUCGGGGGAGGUGAAGCAGCUGGAGGAUCAGGCGGCUGCUGUGAUGAGGGCUGCAAGGGCUGAGAUCUCCGCCGCCCUUAAUAAGAUGAAGAAAGAGACGUCGCGGGAGCUUGAGCUGAAGCUGGCAGAAGGGAGGAAGAAGGUGGAGGCUGAGCUAGCUGAGGCGCUCAAGAACCUCGAGCGGCAGAAGGAGGAUACAAUCAAGGCCCUCGAUUCCCAGAUUGCAGCUCUGAGCGAUGGGAUCGUCAAGAAGGUCCUACCUAUUAAUUAAUAAAUUGUAAUUAAUUACUUGCAUUUUGUAAUCAUUAUUGUCAUCCUCAACAGUCUUGGAGCCUCUUGAUAGUUGAAUUUGUAUUAUUUUGAUGCUUCUUGUUUUUUUUUUUCAUUAUGGUUGUCAUGUAACAAAGAACUUUCCUCAUUUCAUC